AUGAAAUAUCACUCGGUAGCGCAUUGUUCGGAAGCAUUCAAUUUGCAUCAGCUAUUUCCUGCAUAUAAGAUCCGGUCCAAUAUCACGCUCUAUUGCUUUUUCUUUUGGCUAGUAUUUCAAGCCACGAUAUCUCCAAUACACAACAUGGCGUCCUCGGUAGCAGAUGAGUGCUGCGUUACCAGCCUCAAGGAGCCUGUUCAAAUACUGAGUCUGGCGGCCGCGCCCUCGUCGCAACAGUCAUCAAGUGACUUCAAGCUAUUCUCCGAUAACACAAGCCUCGACAAGUAUCUUAGUGGCAGCGCGGCUCAAAAUUACAGCUGCCGGUUCAUCUCGAUCUGCCAACGCAACUCUUGGCGCCCGCUACAGGUGACAAGUUCUAUGCUAUCGCUGAUCAUCGAUAAGCAUGGCUUCAGCUCCAAUAUCCGAGAUCUUACCUCGUGUUAUUACACCAAGAACAAUGAUCUGGAGGACUCAUUCUGCGCUCCGUUUACUUUGUCAACAGACGGACCAUGGACCGAAGUACUGUACACCAUCAGAUAUCCCGAGUUCAAAGAGAGCGAGAAUGAGUGGUCGAUUCGCCAGACGGGCGUCUGCCAUCGCAUCAACACUCAAGCACGGCAAAGCAUCGUGUUGCUUCUCGGGCCGAAACCGAACUCCAAGUCUCAUGCAACGUUCUACGACUUCUUGACAACCGCAAGCAACCAUUACACUGGUAACACAUGGUUCGCGCUGCACGACGCCCUGUUGAAGGCUCAUCUCCCUGCUUGGCGAUCCUUCAACAAGGCGUGCGAAGCCGAGUUUCUCCCCAUCUCAAAUGCGACCUUUGCUAUUUACAUCGAUGAGCCUCUUCGCGUUGGCUACGAUCAGCUCAGUGCCCUGUCCAGUCUUGAGGCUCGGUUCCUCAAAAUCACCAGUCUGGUGUCCAGCACCACCGAGCUUAUCAAUGAGCUUGUCGACUUCCUCCACACAUUCCCCGAUGUCGUCAACGACCAGCGCCGCCAACAUUCCAUCGUCAACAGCUUGAAAAACCACCGGCGAAGCUGCGCCUCAUACUUGCAGAGUGCAACUUUUCUCAAAGAACGAGUUCAAGCGGCGUCCCAGUUACUGGCCAAUACACUCUCCUUCCGUGACCAAGUCAUUGCCAAUGAACAAAACGGCAACAUGUUGCAGCUCAACAAGAGCGCUGUAUUCAUCACAACGUUGACUCUUAUAUAUGCGCCAGCGUCAUUUGUGGCGACAUUUUUUGGAAUGAACUUCUUCGCCAUGGACCAGCCCAACAGUCGGAUUGUCUGCACAGUCAUGAUUUGGAUAUACAUCGUGGCCACUUUUACGCUCACGAUUGUCACAGUCAUAUUCUACUACUGGCUACUGCGCCACGAUGGCGUCUUAUUUGGCCGGCUCGCCCCGAAAGUACCCGUCAAGGACUGGACUGGGUUCGUGCGACGCCUUACAAAGCUGGACAAUUCUGCUCAGACGAAGGCAUAA